AUGCUAGAGUUUCAGACGCAGGGUUUUCAAGGCUACGCGGUCAAAUAUUCUCCUUUCUUUGACAAUCGUAUAGCCGUAGCGGCGUCAGCCAACUAUGGCCUUGUGGGAAACGGCCGACUCUAUCUGCUCGAAUUGACGCCGCAGGGGAUCCAACUGUUGAAAAGUUAUCCCACACAAGAUGCCCUCUACGACGUGACCCAUUCAGAAGCUCAUUCCUUUCACCUCCUCACUUCUUCCGGAGACGGAUCACUACGACUCUAUGAUACCUCGUUAACACCAGAAUUCCCCAUCGCAACCUUUCAAGAACAUUCACGAGAGGCUUUCUCUUGCAGUUGGAAUCUCACCUCCAAAGCCACAUUUUCUUCUUCGUCGUGGGAUGGGACCGUCAAGAUAUGGAAUCCGGAACGGCAGCAGAGUCUGUUGACAUUGCCUACGCACUCAUGUACAUACAGCACUCAAUGGAGCCCCCAUACCGAUGGCGUGCUGAGCGCAGUGUGUUCGGACAGCCACCUACGAGUGUGGGAUUUGCGAACACCAGCAAGCGCGAGUAAUCAUCUCACGUUGCAGAUUCCCAUUCAUUCGGCCCCCUUGUCAGCGGGCAUGGGGAAAAUCCAACCGACAUUCCCACCGGCAGAAGCACUGACCCACGAUUGGAACAAAUAUCGUGGCACUGUUGUGGCCACGGCGGGAGUUGACCGGAUCAUUCGGACAUUUGAUAUUAGACAACCGAAAGGUCCGCUGCAGAUGUUACAGGGUCAUGGAUACGCGGUCAGAAAGGUUGCGUGGAGCCCUCACCUCCCGGAUUUGUUGCUGAGUGCCAGUUAUGACAUGACGUGUCGUGUUUGGACGGAUGGUGGUGAUCAAGGAGCACGAGCUAGAGAACUCGGUCGUAUGGGGCGACAUACAGAAUUCGUGACCGGUGUCGACUGGUGUUUGUUCGGCAGUGAAGGCUGGGCUGCCAGUUGUGGCUGGGAUGAACGACUCUGCGUGUGGGAUGUUCUCUUCGCCAUCUCCUUCAUCCUCACUCCCGCCCUCUCUCUCCCAUCACCCUGGGGGAAUAGAGAUCUGACCAAUCUCUUUCAACGCCAAAGCUGCGCCGAGACCUGCGGGACUGUCUGUUAUUACCAAUCCACCAUCGAUGACGCCGUCGACGAAGGAUACCAGCUGUACCUCGACGGUGAAACCGAGGGGGCUAACGACUACCCGCACGUCUACAAUAACUAUGAAGGAUUUGAUUUCCCUGUGUCGGGACCGUAUUAUGAGUUUCCCAUCAUGAAUGAUUUCCAAGAAUAUGAUGGAGGAGAUCCGGGUCCGGAUCGUGUUGUGUUUAAUACGGAUGGCCAGUUGGCAGGUGUGAUUACGCAUACAGGAGCAAGCGGGAAUGACUUCGUCGAGUGUGAUGGAUAA